AUGACAGAUAACCCAUUUUCUGUUACAAAACCAACAACAACAGUUGCAGUACUUUUUUAUGUUAUUUCAGUUAUUAGUGCAACUGUGAUUUUUGUGUGGAUUAGUUUUAUAUUCCUUACUUCAUAUAAAACAAUUAAAAGACAAGAAAAUAUUAGAAAGGGUAUAUAUUUCUGUCUAGGUUCAUUUCUUGUAAUUGGACUUGAAUUUUUUAUGUUAUUAAUGAGUGAUUAUUCAUCAUUCUUCAGCACAACAUUUACAUCAGAAAUUAUUAUUUUUGGAAUUAACGCAUAUUUCUUUGUUAUGUUUUAUGGCUUUGUUCCUACUUUUGCAAACACUUUCGAUGAGGUUAUUAUCGGUCCUGAUAACCAAGAUGACACUACACGUCCAAUCCUUUUUGACAUGAAAUAA